GAGUUCGUGGUCGAUGCAGAGUCAAUGGCGGCAGCAGAAAGAUGGUAUUUUACCAAAGAACAAUUGGCCCUCACACCGAGCCGAAAAUGUGGUCUGGACGCGGACAAGGAGCUCUCGUACCGACAGCAAGCCGCCAACUUGAUUCAGGACAUGGGACAACGCCUGCAGGUCACCCAGCUCUGCAUCAACACUGCCAUUGUCUACAUGCAUCGAUUCUACUACUACCAUUCGUUCACCAAGUUCCACAGAAAUUCCAUAGCAGCGUGUGCCCUGUUCCUGGCGGCCAAAGUAGAAGAACAGCCUCGCAAGCUGGAGCACGUCAUCAAAGUGGCCCACAUGUGUCUGCACCGGGACGCUCCUCCGCUCAAUCCCGCCAGCGAGGCUUAUCAAGAACAGGCCCUAGAGCUUGUCCUGAAUGAGAACAUGAUGCUCCAGACACUAGGAUUUGACAUCGGCAUCGAACACCCACACACCCACGUCGUCAACUUCUGUCAGCUAGUCAGGGCUAGCAAAGACCUGGCCCAGACAUCGUACUUCAUGGCUACUAACAGCCUCCACCUGACCAUGAUGUGCCUGCAGUACAAGCCCCGGGUGGUGGCCUGCCUGUGCAUCCACCUGGCGUGCAAGUGGUCCAACUGGGAAAUACCCAAGUCCAGCGAGAACAAGGACUGGUUCUGGUACGUCGACCAGAGCUGCACCGCGGAGCUGCUUGAAGAGCUGACGUCCGAGUUCCUGGCCAUUCUGGACAAGUGCCCGAGCCGGCUCAAGCGCAAGAUCAUGAGCAUCGGAGCGGGUAGCGGCGGAUCGAGCUCUACGGCGGCACCGACACCGGUUGCAUCGGCACCAAGCACCAGCGGUUCUUCGCGAAGGGAGGCCCACGCACAGCAGAAGAGGGAAGAGAGGGCCGCAGCCGCUGCUAGUCAUGAGCCGUCCACUUCAAGUGAGGCCCAUGCGAGCAGCGAAAGGCAGCCUGCAUCCAGUAGCCAUGGCAGCAGUCGGAAGCCACCAUCGGACCCAACACUGCACCGGAAUGCCAAGGUACCACCGCAUCACGGACCGGCGCAGCCGUCACCGGGACUGGUGCAGCUGCAGACCAGUAACCAGGGCGCCGAGCACGUGCUUUCCCCUGGCAAGCGAAAGGCCCCAGAAGGCUCCAGCAGUCACGGCUCUCAGCCGCUUUCACUGGAUGCGUACCGGGACAAGCGCUGCCGCCAGAAGGGACAGCCAAAGCCUCAGCCACCACCAUCCGAUCGGUCAGGGUCGCAUCACGGAGCCACGUCUCACCCUCCUCAUCAGGCUCCUUCGUCGCAUUCUCAGAGCAGGCAUCACCAGCCUCACCUUGAACCGACCCCCGACGUCAGUGCGACCACGGCGCCGCUGCACCAUCCACCGACAGCUACUGCUACCGAAAGCACUAAGCCAUCAGCCACACAGGUUAAACAGGAGCAUACCUCAGACGACGCGAGCGGCUUCAACUUCAACUUCGGAGCUCAGUUUGGUGGUGACGGCGGUGACUCGUCCAUCGACAGCUUCUCCUUUGGCCUCGAUGGGCCAGACAUCAUGCCUGCCAUAUCGCCGCUGCAGUUUGACGCCGAUGACAGGAGCAAUUCGCAGGACGUGCUCAUGACAUUGUCGCAUACGGUUCCACCGCCUCCUUCGGUGCCAACGUUGCCGGCCGAGGAGAGUAUCGCUCCGCCGAAAGUGGCUGCUGUUCCACCUCCAGCAGUGCCGCCAGCGAAAGUGGAGCCUCGCACUCCUCCACUGCCACCGCCGAAGGUGCGCCCCCCUUCGCCCCCGCCACCGCAGAAGCCAGUCCCGGCAACCCCGCCGCUCCCUCCUCAGAAGUCCCGGCCUUCCACGCCUCCACUUCCACCUCAGGCUGCACAGCUGCUGCCUCCACCGCCGCCACCUGCAGCACCGGCACCGACUGCUGCUCCAUUGCCAGCACCCGUUGCCGACAAGCCAGAAGUCAAGGCUGAAGUGAAGCCGGAAGCAGUUGCUGCACCUCCAGUCAAGGAUAAGGAAAAGGAAAGGUCAGAACGAAAAGAACGCAAAGAAAGGCACAAGCACAAACACAGCUCAUCGGAGCGUUCCAGAAACAAGCACUCAUCCCCCGGUAAGCACAGUGGAGGGGAGAAGACUUCGGAAGGAAAGUCUCACGGUGACCGGGUGCCUGACGUAGGAGCCCACCAUGCAGCAAGCAACGCUGUCGAUGCACAGCCGGCUGUGAAUCAGUCUGUGGAUGGCGCACCUGCGGCAGAUUCAGACAGAAAAGUGGAGCGCAACGGCAUCAGCAAGCACGACCGCAAGUCGUCAGGCAGCUCGAAGUCCGAGAGUUCUCGGAAGGAGAAGUCCGAGAGGCGAGAGAAGGAACGCCGGGAGGCGUCGAGGGAAGAAAACGGCAGCAGGUCGUCACAGCCGAGUGCUGGCGGCGGCUUGAAGAUAACCAUCAGCAAGGAGAAGCUCCAGCAGUCCGGCAGCGGGUUGACCGGAAGCCCGCCGCGGGAAGCUCUGAAGAUCAAGAUUCCCAAGCUCAAGAUUGUUCCGCCCACGCCAACGCCGCCCCCGCCUCCUCCAGCCGACGUGCCAGAGUCUGGCAAGGGGCCGCACACUCCGCCGCCUCCACCUCCGAGCACGGGUCUCAAGCUCAAGAUCAGCAAGGAGCGGCUGAACAGCGGCCGAAAAAGGGACCGGCGGUCUGACGACGGGGAGCACCGUGCUCGCUCGCCCAAGUCGAGGAAAGUGUCCGUGCCUGUGCCGCCACCCCCUCCACCGCCACCAGGACCGAGCUACCCGGCACCGCCCGUGCCACCUUCCGGUGGAAGUGCCAAUCACGUGCCGCCGCAGUUUCACCAGGGCUACGUUCCUGCGCCACAGUUUUCGGCACCGCCUCCGCCUCAUCACCCGCCGCUGUACUUUCAGCCACCGUAUGGCUACCCGCCGCCCCCGCCCCCUAUGCACAUGGCGCCAGGUGCGUACCAGGUGCCCCAGUACUUUGGCAUCCCACCCCCGCCUCCCCCCGUUGACCCGCCGCUGCCGAAAGAACUCCCGCCCCCGCCCCCACCCCCCCCUUCGGAGUGAGCGGGCACUUAGGCUAGAAUUUUUAAAUGUGUGAAUGCCACACCACCGGAGGGCCCCCCGCACGGUACGAGGAUGACUUUUUUCCCCGAAGUGGCCGUGCCUCCGGUUAUCUUUUCCUAACUUAUUGUGGAACACUACGUUGUCGGGUUUGGUUCUCUGCUUUGCGGAAUCGAGUGAAGCAUAGCUGCUCGGUUUUGUGCAGUGCGAAUGUGUGUACUGUCCUCUGUGCGCAUAGCAGUACCGGUGUUCCCGACAACGUUUGGAGGCUUGUAAGUGGUGAGAGGGGCUCGCGAAGUCUGUGUGUGUGGGAUUUUUGGUGGUUUUUGAGCACCCUGCUGGCUUGCGUUGUGGCGUCAGUUCUUCUCCCUUCGUGAUACCGCCCAUGUGUGAGAUCGUGUACGCCACCCGUAUUGAAUGCUGGUGUUUUUUCUUUGUUGCCGCAAAACGUGUGGCCUUGUAUAUAGUAGAACUCUAGGAGAGUUGUGGUUAGCAAUUGGGUGGGAGUGGUGUGGUGCAGUGUUGCAUGCCACGCUAUGCGGCAGGUACAUAACUGGGAAGGAGGGGGUGUAGAAUGAAUUGUGACUCUCAGGUUAGGACCUGUAAAUGCUGUUUCUCGUGAACUCAAGAAACAAAAGAAAAAAAAGUGAAAAAAAGAAUUGAAGUUUGCUCAGUGUGAGUUGUAAAUAGUAUAUAAAGUUGCCUGUAAUAUAAAGUUGAAACAUGCAGUGUUGUGUUUACUGUUAUGUUGCAUUCAACUGCAUGUUUGCAAUAGACUUAAUUUUUUUUUUCUAUGUGUAUGUGGCCCACUCCUGACGUGUCAUGUGUGGCUUAGUUUUUUUUUUUUUCCCCUUUCGAAGCAGGUUGCUUCUUCAGCCAGUUGUGUUCAGGAGUUACUGUGGCUGGCAGGACCCUCUGUUUUGCUCCUGCAAUGUAAAUAAAAAUUCACUUGAUUGACACA